CCAGCUAACUUCUCGAGAUUAUUAAAAAAUAAUUGUGGAUCGUCUUCUGCUGGAGUGUGGAGAUGCUUUUCCGCUCUAUCGUUGACAGAGGAGUCGGCAGACGACGGCAGAAUGCCCUCCCUGCAGAUUCUUGGCCCAGGUACCCCCUGAGCUCCCUGCUGCAAGGCUACCAGUGCGUUCGACACGACGAACACGUCUCCUAUGGCAACCUGGGUGACUCCGUACCACCGUUUGGAUUAGCUUUCUCCUCUGCUGGGGACCUGCAGAAUGUCCUCGCAGCAGCUAAUGAAGAAGGCAUCGUUAGGAUCUACAACACAGCGAGCCGAGAAAACCCGCUUCUUAAAGAAUGGCUGGCUCACGAGAAUGCUGUCUUUGACAUUGCCUGGGUCCCCGGAGAGUCUCAGUUGGUAACUGCUGCAGGUGAUCAGAUGGCCAGGUUAUGGGAUGUGAAGUCAGGAGACAUGUUGGGAAGUUUCAAGGGCCACCUCUGCAGUCUGAAAUCUGUUGCAUUCACACAUCAGGAGAAAGCUGUGUUCUGUACUGGAGCCAGAGAUGGAAAUAUUAUGGUCUGGGACACCAGGUGCAGCAAAAAAGAUGGUUUCUACAGACAAGUGAAACAGAUCAGCGGCGCUCACAACAAAGCAGAGACAAACCCCGCCUCUAAAACGAAGAAGAGACGGAGCAGCAUGCGCGGCAUGGCUCCCAGUGUGGAUACCCAGCAGAGUGUCACAGUGGUUUUGUUUCGGGAUCAGCAUACCCUCAUCUCGUCUGGGGCUGUUGAUGGAGUAAUCAAGAUGUGGGAUCUGAGAAAGAACUACACUGCACACCUUCAGGAUCCUGUUCCACUGCAGAUGUACCCGUACCCGGGUUCUUCCAUGCGCAUGCGACUGGGUUAUUCCGGACUUGCUCUGGACUCCACAAGAUCCAAUGUUACGUGUAACUGCACUGAUGAUAAUAUUUACAUGUUCAACGUCAGUGGAAUAAAGACGACUCCAGUGGCGGUUUUCAGUGGCCACCAGAACUCCUCAUUUUAUGUAAAGUCCAGUAUUAGUCCAGAUGACCAGUUCUUGGCCAGUGGCUCAAGUGACAAUCACACAUACAUCUGGAAGAUCUCUGAUCCGCAACAUCCUCCCAUGAUGCUUCAAGGUCAUAGUGAGGAAGUGACAUGUGUUUCAUGGUGUCCAACAGACUUCACUAAGAUUGCUUCCUGUUCGGAUGACCACACUGUACGGAUCUGGAGGCUUCAGCGGGAAAUGGAUGGAGCGCAGUCUGCAGUGGGAGAAGCCAACCUUGUAGGCUGGGCACAUCCUAAAUCCCCCACAAGGCCUUCAGUCAGAGCUGAGACAACUCCUGCCAAGACCCAGAGGACAGAGAGUCUUGGAGGCCUGACCUCACCCCAGCUAGCUGUCUGUGCUCCCAGUAGAGCUGCCCUGCCUCUGCCCUCCAGCACCACUUCACCUAUCCAGUCUCAGGAUGCAAAGGCUGCUGCUGUCCGCCAGAGAACACCAACCUCUAUCAAACAGUGGUUAUCUCCGAGCCAUGGCUCUCCCAGUCAGGUCAGCACUCCUCUCCGCAGGGUGUUGAGCCCGUGCCCCCAGAGCCCGGCGAGCAGCACCUCUCCCACUGAGCGACGGGCCAAACGCAGGCUGGAGACUGGCGGCGGUGCAUCUGCAGGCUGUGAGGGUGCAGAACAAUGUGACUGUGUUACUGAACUUUACCCUGCGGCCAAGAGAAGCCGGGCACUGUCUGGUAUCUGCUGCCCUGCUCAGGAGAGCCGUGUACAAACAGACUGUCACACAGAGGACAAGCAAGCCUCAUCUAGACAGAGUGGCAAGGAGAAUUACUCUCCCAGACGAAUGGACUGGCUGUCUGUGAUGGGCCAAAAGAUGAAAAAAGGUCACGGAAGCCCGAGCACUCCCAGAAGUCCCAGUAACUCUAAGAAACAAGAAGGCAAGACACCAGCUUCACCGACAACCCACUCACCGCGAACCAUGAAGAAAAUCUCCACAUAUUUCUCGAGACAGCCUUCGGAGUGACCUACAUGAGCCAAUCAGAUGAUCCGUGCUUUGUCAAAUGCUAUGUUUUUAUUUUGGGUAUUUUUAAGCAGGACCCACAAGCAGUAAGCCUCUAAGAACACUGAUUUGAGUCCAGGUUAUGUGAGUACAUGAGCCUGGAUGUUGCACAGAGAGUGACAAAACAGUCAUUCUGCAUAUUUGAUGCUGCAUUUUUCACAUCCAAAGAGGCUGUUUUUUUUUGGUUUGUUUUUUUUUUUAAAUUGGGUCAUAGGUUUUUGCAUUUACCUCCUACACAAUUUUUCUGGUGCUGUGCUGAAUUGCUCUGCUUUAGAAAUCAGAUUGCAUUUUGCAGAGCAAAUCUUUCAUUUUACUCAAAUCUGACAACUUUAACCGAUGUAUUACCAUUAAAUACAAGAGCCCACGUUUAAUGAAGUUGUUGAGGAGGAUAAACAGGUAUUAAUCCUCAAGUGCAGAGAAAAAUAUGUCUACAGGUGUGGAUGUUUUUAAGUUCUGCUAAAAAAAAAAAAAAAGAAAUCACCAUUUAUUUGCUCAAAUGUUUGAUCUUUGAGACCUUUUAUGAACUUAACUAAGGUUUAAACCAUAAGCUGGGCACAGAUAGGCUCUGUAACAGUUUGUACGCACGCCAUUAUAUCUUAAUCUUUUUGGGUAUUUUCAUACAGGGGUUUUGACCUUUUUCUGCCAGUGUUACACAUGAAAUUCUGCUAAAUGUGUUUUUUCUUGUUUAUAUGUACAAAAUAACCAAUGAUUGUUGCUUGGCUCAUCUGUAUUUAAUUAACACAAACUUCCU